AUGACUUCAUUCGGCAAUGCGGCUGUUGAUAUUGAUAUCGUAAGUGAUCUUCCAUCCGUUCAUCGUGUGCUCAGCGACUCAUUUGUUUCAAUUCAGUUGGAACAAGAAAUUGCCGCAAAAGAACAUGCUCAUCGAAAUCCACCUGAUGAGCUUUCUGGAAAUAUUGCCGGCAUGGGUGGUCCCUCUAGACCGAGGCCUAUGCUAGAAGUAGGAUUAAAUGAUGAACUUGAUACCCUCGACGAACCUGUGUGGGACACCGUGAAACGUGAUUUACGCACUGUUGGCCUCAAAUUUGGGCAUGUCAUCUUUCCUACACCAGAUAAGCAGCAACUUCUAAGAGACUGGGACCUUUGGGGUCCAUUAUUCAUAUGCGUCGGUUUAUCGCUGUGAGU